CCCACACGACACCCACGAACCGAACCGGACCGAAAUCAAAGUUAGCUCAAUCCGGUUCGUCUCAUACCUGCAACCGAACCGGCCUCACCUCGCCGCCGGAGUCCUGCCUAGAUUCAAACCAUCCAAUCCCAAAAUCUCACCUCCCAACCUGCAGACCUCGCCGCCGGCCACACAUCCGGCGAGACCCCCUUCCUCCUCCCCCUCGCCGGAACCAGCCGAGCCCAGCAUCGCCGAACCAUGCAGAGAAACUUCCGCAAGCGGAGCAUCGAGCCGGACGCCGCCGACCACUCCGACGACGAGGACACCCGCCGCGUCGCCCUGGAGGAGAUCAGGUACGUGCAGAAGCUCCGGGAGAGGAAGCUGGGCAUCCCCGCCGAUCCCUCCUCCGCCCCCACAAACGGAUCUUCCGCGCGCGUCCGUGGGGGCGGCGGUUCAGCGUCCGCCGGCGAGGCAGGGAAGGAGGACCUCGUCCUCCAGGAUACCUUCGCGCAGGAGACCGCUGUCACCAUUGAGGACCCCAACAUGUUGAAGUAUGUGGAGACUCAGCUGGCCAAGAAGAGGGGCAAGAUGGUUGAUGUGGGCGACAAGGAGGAAAAGGACCAUGUCGAUGAGCUCUACACUGCGCCAGACCACCUCAAGGUGAAGAAAAAAAACUUGGAGGAGAGCUCAACACAGUGGACCACUGGCAUUGCUGAAGUCCAGCUGCCCAUUGAGUACAAGUUAAGAAACAUUGAAGAAACUGAGGCAGCUAAAAAGAUGCUGCAAGAGAAAAGACUUGCUGGUAAACCAAAAUCAGAUGCAAACAUUCCAUCAAGUUACAGUGCUGAUUAUUUCCAUCGUGGUAGAGAACAUGAUCAGAAAUUGCGAAGAGAGCAUCCUGGAUUGUACAAAGAUAAAGAUUCCCGGCCUAACGAAAAUGCAGGAGGCAAAGCAACUGAUACUAAAAAUCCAGGUGGUGCAGCUGCAGGACGGAGAGAAGCUGCUAGUGAUGAGCUCAUGCUCGAGCGUUUCCGCAAGCGAGAAAAAUUCCGUGUCAUGCGAAGAUAGCAAGAGCCAACAGAAUAAGCUGCUAGCUGAAGUUGUUGCCUUUGAACCUCAAUCAUGUCAGUGUGAACACACGAUGGCCCUCGAUAUAUACUGUCCUUUCUAGUGAAAAAUUAACAAUAAAGGCUCGAUGCCUGUGGGGCCUUGCAGUGGGUUAGGACAUGGGAGCUCCUAUCUUAUCAGGUUCGGGCCAAGCCACAUGCUCAUCUGCGCAGGAAGAAACAAAGGUGUGCUCUCUUUGACCAAUAUAUAAAUCAGCUGCGACACCUUGUGCAAAGGCCAAGAGGAGCACGAUCUCAUUUUUUGGUGGGCAUGGCAAAGCCAAUAAUUUCAUCUUUCUAGCCUGGAAUAUACUGUUUCUCUUGGUUGUUCAUGGUCUGUGCUUCAGUAGCAUCAGCUUACCAAUUACCCUGGUUUGUAAAACUAGUAAAUUUACGAGUUACACUUGCUGCCGUAUGGCUGCUUGCUUUGCUUUU